AUGACUACGCCCUCGCCAUCCGAUCCAGGUGGCGGAGUUGCCACAUCUCUCUUGGAACAGUUCUUAUCGCUGCUGGGCUCGGCUGCCUCAUACAUGCGACUACCGGCUAUUGCGUCGACGGGCGCAGCCGCUGUCCUGACCUCCUUGCUGUACUUUAAGCAGAAAGCUCUGAUAUACCCAUCACACGUCCCCGGAAAUGCCCGCACCGACAUCCCACGGCCGGACCAGUUUGGCCUCACCGACUUUGAGGAGCUGGUCAUCCCGACAGACGACGGCGAGAAGCUCGCGGCCUUUUACAUUCGUGGCCCGCGCGGUGGGAAACACACCAAGGUGACGGUGAUCAUGUUCCACGGCAACGCUGGCAACAUUGGCCACCGCCUGCCCAUCGCCCGCAUGCUCCGCCACAUGGUCGGCUGCAACAUCCUUAUGAUCGAGUAUCGCGGCUAUGGCAGCUCCACGGGCGAGCCUGGCGAGUCGGGCUUGAUGCUCGACGCCCAGACCGCCAUCGACUACCUCCGUGACCGCGCCGAGACUUGCGCCCAUCGCUACAUCGUCUACGGCCAGAGCCUUGGUGGUGCCGUGGCCGUCCGCUUGGUCGCCAACAACCAACAGCGCGGCGACAUCGCCGGCCUCGUGCUCGAAAACACCUUUCUCAGCAUGCGCAAGCUCAUCCCCCAGAUCCUGCCGCCCGCUCGCUUUCUCACCCUGCUCUGCCACCAGGUGUGGCCCAGCGAUGCUGUCAUACCUACCAUCACAAAGGUCCCCAUCCUCUUCCUCAGCGGUCAGAAGGACGAGAUCGUGCCGCCCGCCCACAUGCGCCAGCUCUACGACCUCUCCGCCGCUCCCAACAAGAUCUGGAAGCCCCUGCCACUCGGCGACCACAAUGCGAGCGUGCUCGAGGAGGGCUACUUCGAGGCUAUUGCCGACUUCAUCGCGUCCGCCACCGACGAGGGCCCGCCGGAGAAGCCUCUUUUAUGA